UCUAAACCAUUUGUUGUUAAAUGGACGUUAUUGAUCGAAAACAGUGUAUAUAUGUAUGUAGUAUGAUGUUUUACUUCAACAUAUACGUCAGAUAAAACAAGUUUCGUUUGUAGUAAGAUGACAGUUAUACCAGUAUGCAACGGUGAAGCAUUGUAGAAAUAGCUGGACACAGAAACAUGUGGACCGAGAUACUUCACAGAUAUUAACAACAAAAGUGAUACUUAGGGUUUUUUUAAAUCUUACUAACGCAUGCAUAUCAUUAAUCUAUUAUAUACAGUUAAUCUGUAUGCUGACAAUUUUUGUCUAUUUGAUAUCAAAACUGCAAGUAAAAAGAACAUUUUUUGUAUAUUUUACAAAAAUAUGAAAUAUAGAUAUAAUUUGGUAAGAUGAUGGAAGAUAGAGUUUUCUGUAAACAUCACCCUGGAAAACAUGUAGAAUAUUUCUGCAAUAUACACGAAAAACCUUUAUGUCAUGAGUGUAAGAAGGAUGGACACAAUUCGUGCAAAGAAAUAUCAAAUAUUCCUGCAGUCAUAUCUGAUGUGAAAAAUAGGAAUAUCUACGAAGAUACCUCACAUCUACUACAAAAUCAUCUAAAUCAGGUGAACUUUUUACCAGCAAGGAUUGCCAGCAACCUCUUAAAACUCGAAAGAGAGAAAGUCGUUUUCAAGAAUACAUUAACACACUAUAGAAGGAAGGUCGAUAAACAUCUAGAUGAUUUGGAGACCAGUAUACUAAAAGAAUAUCAGAACAUUUAUGACGAGCAAUGCUCAAACCUGAAGAAACUACAGACUUUUUAUUUAGAACAAAUAAAACAGCUUGAACAUUAUUUAUGGGAGCUUGAAAAUGUAUCUGGACUAUCAGAAAUUGAAUCUUUCUUGACAAUUAAACGUAUUUCUGGUGACAGUGAAGCGGUGUUGAAUCAAGACGACGUUAGUGAAAUUUCUAUUGACUUUACUAUGACGAAGGAAAUGUUAACAUUUCAAAAUAUCUCUGCACUUGGGACUAUACAUAUACACAAAAAACUACCGAUAGAGAUAAAAGGACCACCACUUUUAGCUGAAGACACCAUAGUUUCUCUUGAAAUAAAACCACGUUUUGAAUUUUUGAAGAAACUAGAUAUACAAACAGAAAAAGACGAAUUAGAAGUAAUUGAUAUCAAAGAGUUAGAUGAAGGCGUUUUAAUCUUAUCAAAUCGAUUGUCUGAAAAUAUUCUUGUACAUGAUAUGAACAAAAACACUACUAGAGAACUGUCAAUAGGAGAAUAUCCCGAUAGCAUCGCUGUUAUCGACAAAAUGGUGAUAGCAGUAACACAGGGACGAAGAAAUGUGAUGAUUGUCGGUGUUGUAACAGGCAGAGUUCUCAACCGUUUUGACAUGGACGAUGACGUAGAAGGUUUGACAACUGUUCAAGCUAAACUAAUCGUCAAUUGCAAAACCAAAGGACUUCAGAUACUUAAUAUAGAUGGAAAUUUUAUCGGUUCUAUUCCGCAUAUAACUGGGCGACUAUAUUUGUGUGCUGUUAGUUCAGGUGAGAUCGUGUGUGCAGACCAAGUCAACAACAGAUUAACUUGUGUGAGGUUAGACGGAGAGAUUGUUUUUUCUUUAUCAGACCGAAAUCUUAUAGCCCCAUAUGGCAUAACUGUUGACAAACAUGGCGAUAUAUUUGUGGUAGGAAUAGAUUCCAGUAAUAUAUACAGAGUGAGUUCUGAUGGAAAAGAAACAUGUAAAAUAAUGACGUCAAAUAACAGAUUACAACGUCCAUUUGUUUUACUCAUUUUGAAGGAUGGUAGAUUGCUUGUUUCUAACAAAAGUGGUCGAGAUGUUGAACUAUAUCAACAGAGAAAUGUACACGUGCAAUAAUCUUGCUGAAAUCAAAACGUUCAUUUAGCAAGGACUAUAGCAAGACUGGAAUACACCACAGAGGAGUCUCAUUUUACCCUUACAAGUUACAAACGUUUGCAGGCACUACUUCGUUACACAGUUUAAUGUAUGUAUAUUUUGUGUACGGGAUACAUGGACACAGAUUAUUCGAGAAAGAGAUAUGCAAGUUACAAGUAGACGUAGUGUUAUUUCGAGACAAUAAAUAAGUAGACAAUGA